AUGACAUUGCUUUCUUCGAACUCAGAUUGUGCAGCCAUCCAAAAGGCCCAUGAGUAUCUCGACAUUGCGCUCCAGCAUCCUCUGGCUGUAGAACUACUUAACCAGCCUUUGACAAAGCAGUUUCUCACUUACUAUGAAAAUGCUUCACCUUUUGAGCGGUACUUUUUGCCUAGUAUGUCCUCUCAAAAUCUACACUCUAGAAACCCUCUCACUAACCCUAAAAGUCUUGCCGUAAAAUACUUCAAUAAAGCCUUGGGACAUGUUUGGAGGUACGGGCCAAUUGGUACUUUUCUGCUGAUAUGGCACUCCAUAGCAACUUACUUCUUUACAAAGUUCCAGCAAAUCCCCUUUGUCAAGAAGAAAGUCGACCAGGAAGUCACCAAAGUCCUUGACAAAAUUGAAGAUGAUCUCAUUGACCGCUCUCUCACCUAUUAUACUAAACUCCCAGAGUCCGGUUGGUCUCCGGACAGAGUUACCCAGGAACUCGAAAAAAAUACCCAAAUGAAACACACCAAAUGGGAAGAAGGUAGAGUCUCGGGUGCCGUCUACCACGGUGGCCAGGAUAUUUUAAAAAUUCAAUCUAAGGCUUACUCUCUCUACUCAGUCGCAAACCAACUUCAUCCUGACGUGUUCCCCGCUGUCCGCAAAAUGGAGUCAGAAGUCGUGGCAAUGGUUCUUAAACUUUACAAUGCCCCAAAGGGCGCAGAAGGUACUUCCACCUCUGGUGGCACUGAAUCCCUGCUCCUCGCAUGUCUCGCCGCUCGUGAAAAGGCCUUCCGUGAGCGUGGAAUCACAGAACCCGAAAUCAUUGCCCCAGAAACCAUUCACGCUGGUUUCGACAAGGCCGCUUACUACUUUAAAAUGAAGCUCAUCCAUGCUCCUCUAGACCCUAAAACCUUCCAGGUCGAUCUUAAGGCUGUCAAGCGUCUCAUCAAUAAAAAUACCGUCUUGCUUGCCGGCUCUGCCCCUAACUUCCCCCACGGCAUCAUUGACAAUAUCGAGGGUCUUAGUAAACUAGCCCUGCGCUAUAAAAUUCCUCUCCACGUCGACGCCUGCCUCGGCUCCUUUAUUGUCCCCUUCUUGGACAAGGCUGGCUUUGGUAAGGGCGUCCCGCUCUUUGACUUUAGAGUCCCCGGUGUCACUUCCAUUUCCUGCGACACUCAUAAGUACGGCUUUGCUCCCAAGGGUUCUUCCAUCAUCAUGUACCGCACAAACGAAAUGCGUCAGUACCAGUACUACAUCACUGCAAAGUGGACUGGUGGUCUCUACGCUUCUCCAACUUUGGCUGGAUCCCGUCCAGGUGCCCUUAUGGUUGGCUGCUGGGCAACCCUGAUGGCUAUCGGCGAAAAGGGCUACACUGAGUCGUGUCGCGAGAUUGUCGGGGCUGCUCGUCGUAUCAAGUCUUUUGUGCGUGAAGACCCAGAUCUCAAGGACCUGCUCGACGUCAUUGGGGAGCCUCUUGGCUCUGUGGUGUCGUUCAAGUCGUCUGCCGUGUCUGUCUAUGCCCUGGCCGAUCAUAUGAACAAGAAGGGUUGGCAUCUCAAUGCCCUGCAAAGACCCGCAGCCAUUCACAUUGCAGUUACCCGUUUGACAGUCCCCGUUGUCGAUGAGUUUCUUACUGAUCUUAAGGCUACGGUCUGUGAGCUCAAGGAAAGCAAUAUCACUCCGGAAAGCUCCAAGAGCGAUACUACCGUGCUCUACGGUGUUGCAGGGAGUGUCAAGACUGUGGGUGUGGCAGACCGUUUGGCUGCUGGCUUUCUUGACUGCCUUUACAAGGUAUAA